UAAAAUGAGUGGACGAGGAAAAACCGGAAAGGCCAAGAGCAAGCCCAAGUCUCGCUCGUCCCGGGCCGGACUGCAGUUCCCGGUGGGCCGUGUUCACAGGCUCCUGAGAAAGGGUAACUAUGCUGAGCGGGUGGGUGCCGGAGCCCCGGUCUAUCUGGCCGCUGUGCUCGAGUAUCUGACGGCUGAAAUCCUCGAGUUGGCCGGUAACGCGGCCCGGGACAACAAGAAGACCCGCAUCAUCCCCAGACACCUGCAGCUGGCCGUCCGCAACGACGAGGAGCUCAACAAGCUGCUGGGAGGGGUGACCAUCGCUCAGGGCGGGGUGCUGCCCAAUAUCCAGGCCGUGUUGUUGCCCAAGAAAAGCGGCGCGCCCGCCAACCCCAAGGGCAAGGUGAAAUCAUCGGCUAAAAUGAGUGGACGAGGAAAAACCGGAAAAGCCAAGAGCAAGCCCAAGUCUCGUUCGUCCCGGGCCGGACUGCAGUUCCCGGUGGGCCGUGUUCACAGGCUCCUGAGAAAGGGUAACUAUGCUGAGCGGGUGGGUGCCGGAGCCCCGGUCUAUCUGGCCGCUGUGCUCGAGUACCUGACGGCUGAAAUCCUCGAGUUGGCCGGUAACGCGGCCCGGGACAACAAGAAGACCCGCAUCAUCCCCAGACACCUGCAGCUGGCCGUCCGCAACGACGAGGAGCUCAACAAGCUGCUGGGAGGGGUGACCAUCGCUCAGGGCGGGGUGCUGCCCAAUAUCCAGGCCGUGUUGUUGCCCAAGAAAAGCGGCGCGCCCGCCAACCCCAAGGGCAAGUAAAGAGAUAAAGCGACAAUUUAGAAACCCAAAGGCUCUUUUCAGAGCCACUCAGAUUGUCUGUGGAAGGGCUGAGCACCGGCUGGGGUGGGUCCGGGGAUUUCCGUUCUGUGUGUCUGUCGUAGACAAGGGCUUAAAACUCUGUCUAAAGCGGAUCUCUUCCUCUG